GGAAGGGAAUGGUAUUUUUGAAAUAUGGUAAGCAAAGAGGAUUAAAAUUGUCCGCUAGGCGAAAAAUGAGAAUCGGGAAAUGAUCUGUAAUUUCGCUGUUGGGUGAGUGAGGCGGAGGCAAGGGGAAGUGCAAAUCCAGCGAUUAAUCACGAAUUGGAUGAUUGGUUGCGAUGUUCGUUGAGGUUUUGUGAAUCACGGAUUGAUCCUUUGCAAUUGCAUGCUGUGAUCUGCAAAGGCAAACUAAAGAAAUUCAAAUCAGGCGGUGCUGUUGAAUACUGCAAUGGCAUCAAAUGUCGAUCUCUUCGAUGCUUAUUUUCGACGCGCCGAUUUGGAUCGAGACGGCCGCAUCAGCGGCGCCGAGGCCGUCUCCUUCUUCCAAGGCUCCGGGUUGCCCACGCAGGUUCUUGCGCAGAUUUGGGCUUUUGCAAACCAAAGCCAAAGUGGUUUCUUAGGCCGGGCAGAGUUUUACAAUGCCCUUAAACUUGUUACUGUGGCACAAAGUAAGCGGGAGCUGACCCCCGAAAUGGUAAAAGCAGCAUUAUAUGGCCCCGCUGCAUCUAAGAUUCCUGCACCUCAAAUUAAUUUCAGUGCCACAGGUACACCCCCCGCACCUGCACCUGCACCUGCUCCACAGACUGCCCCUGUUAGUCCUUUAUCCCACCAAAAUCUUGGACUAAGGGGGCCAGUUCCAAAUUUGAGUAGUAACCAGCAAAACUUUCCUUCUCAGGAAAGUCAGCCAGUGAGGCCUCCUGCUUCUAAUCUGCCACCUGGUGUUGCCACUCAAGGAAUUACUGUUGGUGGAUUGCGCCCUCAAACCGUUGGCAUUUCCAGUUAUGGGUCAUCUGGCAAGAUGGGUGGAGCUCCCGAAGUAACAUCCUCUCAAAUGGUAGUUAGAGGCGGUAGUCCCCCAUCAACACAGGAUGGGUUUGGGCUUGCAACCUCUGGAUCAAAUGUGCCACGGGCGCCUGCUCAGCAUCCUGCCUUUGGCACAAAGUCAUCAGAUCAAAUGGUUAAUGAUUCUAAAUCAGCGGAUACUUCUGCUAAUGGCAAUGCUUCUGAUCCAUUUUUUGGAGGAGAUAUGUUCUCAGCUAGCUCAUUUCAGCCGAAGCAAGUUUCUUCUCAACUAGGAUUUUCUUCUGGCAGUUCAGUGCUUUCAUCAGCUAUUGUUCCUGUGUCUGGAGGGAACCAGCAGCAUUCUAUUAGGCCUAGUACGUCUGAGCCUUUUCCAGGCUCACUUGCAAUCCAGCCUGGUGGUGCACAGCCUCAGCAAGCCCAGCCAGUGGUAAAACAGGACCACCGUGCCUCAGUCCAGACACAUAAUAUGCCAAAUUCAUCUGGACUUCCAGUGAGAUUGCAGAAUUCUGCUUCCAGUCAGCCCCAAUCUCCAUGGCCAAGGAUGACUCAAACUGAUGUUCAGAAAUAUACAAAAGUAUUCAUGGAAGUAGACACUGAUAGAGAUGGGAAAAUCACUGGGGAACAAGCACGGAACUUGUUUCUUAGUUGGAGAUUACCAAGAGAGGUUUUAAAGCAGGUCUGGGACUUAUCCGAUCAAGAUAAUGAUAGCAUGCUUUCUCUUCGGGAGUUUUGUAUUGCAUUGUACCUAAUGGAGCGACACAGGGAAGGACGUGUUCUACCAGGAGUACUUCCAAGUAACAUUGUGCUUGAUUUACCAACUACUGGUCAACCUGCUGGUCUCCACAGUGCGGUACCUUGGGGAAAUCCAUCAGGUUUUCAACAACAAGGGACGACUGGUUCUGGCGCUCGACAAGUGAGCCCUGCUGCUGGUCGGCCACCAAGGCCUGCUGCUGUCUCUCAGUCUGAUGAAGGACCUCAGAACAAGCAGCAGAAAUCUAGAAUUCCAGUCUUGGAAAAGAACCUCAUAAAUCAGCUGAGUUCUGAUGAGCAAAAUUCAAUUAAUUCAAAAUUUCAAGAAGCAACAGAAGCUGAUAAGAAGGUGGAAGAACUUGAGAAAGAAAUUGCAGAGGCCAGAGAGAAAAUAGAAUUCUACCGUGCAAAAAUGCAGGAGCUUGUUCUGUACAAAAGCAGAUGUGACAAUCGUCUUAAUGAGGUCAUAGAAAGGAUAUCUGCUGACAAGCAUGAGGUUGAUAUUCUAGCAAAGAAAUAUGAAGAUAAAUGUAAGCAAGUAGGAGAUUUAUCAUCCAAGUUAACUACUGAGGAAGCCACAUUUCGUGACAUUCAGGAGAAAAAAAUUGAAUUGUAUCAAGCAAUUGCCAAGAUGGAACAGGAUGGAAAAGAUGAUGCCACUCUGCAGGAUCAUGCUGAUCAUAUCCAAACAGACCUUGAUGAGCUGGUGAAAUUUCUGAAUGAGCGGUGCAAGAAGUAUGGAUUACGUGCUAAGCCCACAACAUUAUUGGAGCUACCCUUUGGCUGGCAACCUGGUAUCCAAGAAGGAGCUGCUGACUGGGAUGAAGAUUGGGAUAAGCUUGAAGAUAAAGAAUUUGUUUUUGUCAAAGAACUCACUCUUGAUGUGCAAAACAUUAUAGCACCUCCAAAGCAAAAGUUGCCAUCAGCUGUGAACACCAAAGCCGUGGACACAAAAGCCAUGAACACUGACAGUCCUACAUUUCCAGCUUCUCCUAAGAGUGAUGAUAAAUCAGAAAAGCCCCAGACCACCGAUGAACAGGGAGUUGGCAAUGGACCUGUUCAUAAUAAAAGUGAAGAUGAUUCUGCAAAAAGUGCUCCCAAUAGUCCAUUUGCGAGCAGUGCUGUUGGAAGCCCACAUGGGGAUUUUGCUGAUUCUGACAUUAGCAAGACAGCUGGUGAAGAUAGCUCACCCCAUGAUCAAGAAACCUUACAUGAAACCCAAAGUGAUCAUGAUGGUGUCAAGUCUGUGUUUUCUGGAGACAAAUUUUUUGAUGAACCAAAUUGGGGAACAUUUGACACAAAUGAUGAUAUUGAUUCACUUUGGGGAUUCAAUGCCAAUAGCAUCACUAAGGAGGAGAGAGAUCUUGACAGAGCUGGAAACAACUAUUUCUUUGAUUCUGGGGAACUGGGCUUAAAUCCCAUCAAAACAGGUUCACCAAAGGUUUCUGAUCCCUUCCAGAGGAGCAGUGGAUUUAGUUUUGAUGAUUCUGUUCCAAGCACGCCACUUUUCACCUCAAGCAGCUCUCCUCAAAGGCCAAAGGAGUGGUUGGAAACUGCUUUUGACUUCUCAAGAUUUGAUUCUUUCAGAACACAUGAUAGUGUUCCUUUGCCUGCUCGGGAGACGACAGAGCAAUUUGAUUCAGUACGCAACAGUGUGGAUUUUGAUCAUGUUCAUGGGUUUCCAGCUUUUGAUGACUCGGAUCCCUUUGGCUCUGGGCCGUUUAGGACUUCAUCGGAUAGUCAAACUCCAAGAAGAGGAUCUGAUAAUUGGAGUGCUUUUUAGUUUAGCAAUUAUACCAUGCAUUAUUUCUGUUUUCAGACCUUCCGACUGUUGCCUCUGGUGGAGUGGGUUGUCUUGUCUGCCUCACUAUUGGGAACCUAUUAUGUGUAAUGUAUUUCUUGUAUUUAAUCCUGUGUAUUCCUUUUUUCUUGGGUUUGUCUCCAGCAAUUCCCUGAAAGUGAAGGCCUGUCUAUAUUUUUGGUUUGUUGGUUGAUAAUUUUGCAUAGUUCCGUAGAAGAGAUUGUGAUAUUGAUAACUAUCUGAUUUGAGUGUUGUUUACUGAGCGGAAUUUCAUUAUGAUUCUUUUUUAUUCA